CGGAGGCGUGAAUUGCUAUUGUCACCAGCGGCCCGACACCGCCAUCUUGUGGACGGAGGACCGAACUUCUGCAAAAUGAUUUAAUUUCAUCCACAUUAUAAAAUAGAAGAAUCCUUUGAACCUUGCCAGAGUUAUUUGAAGUAUCACUUCUGUAUACCAGAAAGAUGUGUGCCAGGAGUCAUGGAUAGCCAUUGUCUUAGCUGUGUGAUCUGACUCAAACCAAUGGAAUAUAUUUCUCCCCAACUUUUCAUCGCUCCGCCCUUUCAGGCUGGGAAAGGCAGAAGAUAAGCCGGACCAUGGAAGCCAAAAGCCUUGGUCUUCUCGCACCAAUCUACAGCUAAAGGGUCGUGAUCUCUUAACACUGAAAAACUACAAUGCUGAAGAAAUAAAGCAUUUUCUGUGGGUCUCAGCAGAUCUGAAACACAGGAUAAAGCAAAAAGGAGAGUAUCUGCCUUUACUACAGGGAAAAUCUCUUGCGAUGAUAUUUGAGAAGAGAAGCACCAGAACUAGACUUUCCACUGAAACAGGAUUUGCUUUACUUGGAGGACAUCCUUGUUUUCUCACCACGCAGGAUAUUCAUUUGGGAGUCAAUGAAAGCCUGAAGGACACAGCAAGGGUCUUGUCUGGAAUGACGGAUGCUGUUUUAGCUCGAGUUUAUCACCAGUCAGACCUGGAACUGUUGGCUAAAGAAGCAUCAAUUCCAAUAGUGAACGGAUUGUCUGAUGACUUUCACCCCAUUCAGAUUCUAGCUGACUAUCUAACUAUUCAGGAACAUUAUGGCCACCUCAAAGGACUUACUAUCUCCUGGAUCGGUGAUGGGAAUAACGUCCUACAUUCAAUCAUGCUGAGUGCUGCAAAAUUAGGAAUGAAUCUGCACAUUGCAACACCAAAGGGGUAUGAACCAAACUCUUCAAUUAUUGCAGCCGCUAAGCAAUUUUCAAAAGAGUCUGGAACCAAGCUGUUUAUGACAAACGAUCCGCUCCAAGCUGCCAGUGGAGCUAAUGUGUUGGUUACAGACACGUGGGUGAGCAUGGGACAAGAGGAGGAGAAGAAGAAGCGUCUGCAGGAUUUCAAAGGUUACCAGAUUACAAUGCAGACAGCAAAAUUAGCAGCACCCAACUGGACAUUCCUUCACUGUUUACCAAGAAAGCCUGAAGAGGUUGAUGAUGAGGUUUUCUAUUCUUCUAAGUCACUUGUCUUCCAAGAAGCAGAAAACAGAAAGUGGACAAUUUUGGGGGUGAUGGCCUCUUUGCUGACAGACUACUCGCCACAGAUGCCAAGACCUAAAUUUUAGGCCCCAGAACAGUUCAGCAGCAUGGUAACUGCAGUGAAGCAGCAAGACUGAUACUCAAGAUUAAACCCCAACUCAAUUCUUCUCAAUGCAAAUGAAUAAUUGGCAUUGUACACAACUCUUUCCAUAUGGUGGACAAUAUUAUGACUCUUGUGCAGGGUGCUCCACAUUUUAAUAGGAUUACUGAUAUUUGCUCACAAAUGUAAUGAAUCAGAAGUUUACAUUGGUGGGGGGAACCACAAGCUCUUCAUAUUGUUAUGCCAAUUAUUUUGUAGCUAGGAGGACACUGUUUUUUAAGCUCAUGUGGACAGUGCUCCAAUUGCUCUCUAUGGCUUCCUUGCUGUCAUUUUCAAGCUAAAGUUCUAAAAGGGACAUGGCUCUGGGCCGAUCAUUGAGGACCCUGUAUUAAAACAACUGCUUUGAAGAAGUUGUAAUGCCCAAUGGAACGCUUAAAAGGGAGCCUUUCCCGUUUCAUUCUGCCAAAACCACAGGCAGCAUGAAACAGAUAUCGGCAGCGGGAUGCUCGGACACUUUGAUGCACUCUAAAACGCUCAGGUGUUUAAGAGAAACACAGCUAGAAAAAAACACCGGGACCUUGUUAAGCAGUCAUGGGAAGAGGAGCCUUAAGCUGCCUCUUGACCCACUGGCCUUGAGUGCCGCAUCUCUGCCUAUACAGUCUUAGGGAAACAUGCAUCACUCAAGGUGGGAGUGGAGCAGUCAUAGUAUCCUCCUCCCGUGACUACUUACCUGGGUCCCAGCAACUUUUUUAAACGCCUGAGCUUUUCAUGUUGCUUAUGGUUUGGGCAGCAUGAAACAGGUGACACGUUCCCUUUAAAAUUGCUUUUCAGUUGAUAAAAUGACAAAAGAUAUUGUUAAUAAUUUGUCGAUAUCUGUUUUGUUGUAGAAUUUGCUACCAUUGUUCUAACCAUAUGCUAACUAUGUAAGGAUUAAUAAAAAUAAAUUCCAGCAA